AUGAUGGCAUAUCAUCAGUUGGCUUGUGUUAGAUUCCUCAGAAAAGAAUAUAAUGAAGCAGAAAAUCUGUUUGAGGCCGCUUUCAAUGAGGGCCAUGUUUAUUCUCUCGUUGGCUUGGCGAGAUUAAGUAACAUCGAGGGUCAUAAAAAUUGGUCUUAUGAAAGACUGAGCUCUAUCAUUUCCUCUUAUUCGCCAAUUGGAUGGAUGUAUCAAGAGAGGUCAUUAUACUGCGAGGGUGAUAAGAAGUGCAGUGACCUUGAGAAAGCGACUCAGCUGGAUCCAACUUUGACAUAUCCCUACAUGUUCCGAGCUGCGUCGUUGAUGAGGAAAAAUGAUUUUCAAGGAGCCCUUGCUGCAAUUAACUGUGUUCUUAGAUUUAAACUAGCACUGGAGUGCUUGGAACUACGUUUUUGUUUCUAUCUCGCACUCGAAGACUAUCAAUCAGCGACAUGUGAUGUCCAGGCAAUUCUUACACUUUAUCCAGAUUACCGGAUGUUUGAUGGACGGGUUGCAGCAUCUAAACUUCAUACUCUUGUGCGCGAGCAUGCUGAGAAUUGGACGACAGCCGAUUGUUGGCUGCAGCUAUAUGAAAGAUGGUCUUCAGUUGACGAUAUUGGGUCGUUGUCUGUAAUAUAUCAGAUGCUCGAGUCUGAUGCAACCAAGGGGGUGCUAUACUUCAGACAGUCUUUACUUCUGCUCAGAUUAAAUUGUUCUGAAGCUGCUAUGCGAAGUUUACAGCUGGCUUGCCGUCAUGCAUCAAGUGAACAUGAACGGUUAGUUUACGAGGGAUGGAUCUUAUAUGAUACUAGUCACUGUGAAGAAGGGUUACAGAAGGCCCAUGAGUCUAUUAGUCUCCAGAGAUCCUUCGAGGCUUUUUUUCUAAAUGCCUAUGCAUUAGCUGACUCUGCUCUAGAUCCUUCUUGUUCAUCCACUAUCAGGUCACUUCUUGAAGAAGCUUUGAAGUGCCGAUCAGAUAGGCUUCGUAAAGGCCAGGCCCUAAAUAAUCUUGGAAGUGUCUAUGUUGAUUGUGGUAAGCUAGAUGCUGCAGCUGAUUGCUACAUCAAUGCCCUUAAAAUUCGUCAUACUCGGGCCCAUCAGGGCCUUGCUCGUGUUCAUUUCCUGAGAAAUGAUAAAAAUGCUGCAUAUGCUGAGAUGACAAAACUGAUUGAGAAAGCACCAUAUUGUGCAUUUGCUUAUGAGAAGAGGUCUGAGUACUGUGAACGCGAACUCAUGAAGGCAGAUCUAGAGAUGGUCACUAGCCUAGAUCCUCUACGGGUCUACCCCUACAGAUUUCGAGCAGCAGUGUUGAUGGACAACAGUAAACCGAAGGAUGCCAUUGCAGAACUAUCGAGAGCUAUUUCAUUUAAAGCAGAUCUUCACCUUCUUCACCUCCGUGCUGCAUUUCACGAGCACGUUGGUGAUGUUAUGGGUGCCCUGCGAGACUGUCGAGCUGCUCUCUCAGUUGAUCCAAGCCACCAAGAAAUGCUGGAACUUCACAGCCGUGUCAACUGCCAAGAACCUUAA